AUGAAUUUCACUAAUUCCUUAUCCACUAUAAAGGAUGUUGCUAGUUGUCGCGUGGCGAAAGAGCGGUAUUUUUGGGAGUACAUCCUCGCUACUUUGCCUGUUAUCGCGCUGAAUUUAGGAUCAUGCCCUAUUAUCAUCUUGAUGAAUGCGUUAGUUAUCAUCGCCAUAAAAGCAAGACGCCGAUUACAGUCCGUCUACAACAUACUACUGGCCUGUUUAGCGGGAACAGAUCUGGCAGUCGGCUUAGUUUCACAACCAUUAUUCAUCGCUCAAGAAAUCUUCUUUCUCUCAGGUGCAUCGGUGGAGGAUUACUGCCACUUUUACACGAAGAGCGUAUUCUUUUGUCUUUUCCCAAGUAUUGAAUCGUUGCUGAUCUUAGCUUUACUAAGUAUGGAGCGGUAUAUAGCCAUGAAGUUCUCACUUAGAUAUGCUAGCCUCAUGACCACACCUAGGUUAACUGGCGCUGUACUCUGUAGUUGGAUCAUCUCAGUUAUUUCUGUAAUUUUAAGGUUAAUACCGGGGACAUAUUCAUUUGCAGUAGUGUUCGUUUAUGUAACUGUUAUCCCAGCCAUUUCAAUUAUUGUAUUCUGUCACACGACAGUUUAUCUUGUUUCACGCCGACACAUGCGUCGCAUAAAAACAGAACAGCUUCCAAGCGAAACGAAGACUAAAUUCGUAGAGGAGAAGAAAGCCUUAAAAACUACAAGUAUAAUUAUCGCGUUCGUGUUCCUUUCGUUUGUACCAUCACUUUUGUACGGGAUAUUUUCCCGCGAUAUACGNGUGACAUUUACUCCGAUCGCCAAAAAUUUUAUGUUAUAUUGUAGAUUGAUCUAUAUGUUAUCCAUUCUAUGUGUUAGACUUACGAUAAAAGCAAAGGUGGGGAUACCAGAGAGCUUCAAAGUAGGAUGGUACCCCCUAAAAAAAACUGGGUCGAGUCACCUUAAAUCACUCCUUUAAAAGCAAUUAGCCUUUAAAGAUUAGACACGUUUUGACCAUCUGCAUGAAGAGAUUUGCGCUUAGAAUCUUGAAUUAACAGAGUGCUUUCAAUAACGAACAUUGUCAACUCAUUAAAAGAGCUAAAAAGAAUCGAGCAUACAGUAACGGAGAUAUUCAGUCCCAAAUGCGCAGCAGCGAUGAAUUUCACUAAUUCCUUAUCCACUAUAAAGGAUGUUGCUAGUUGUCGCGUGGCGAAAGAGCGGUAUUUUUGGGAGUACAUCCUCGCUACUUUGCCUGUUAUCGCGCUGAAUUUAGGAUCAUGCCCUAUUAUCAUCUUGAUGAAUGCGUUAGUUAUCAUCGCCAUAAAAGCAAGACGCCGAUUACAGUCCGUCUACAACAUACUACUGGCCUGUUUAGCGGGAACAGAUCUGGCAGUCGGCUUAGUUUCACAACCAUUAUUCAUCGCUCAAGAAAUCUUCUUUCUCUCAGGUGCAUCGGUGGAGGAUUACUGCCACUUUUACACGAAGAGCGUAUUCUUUUGUCUUUUCCCAAGUAUUGAAUCGUUGCUGAUCUUAGCUUUACUAAGUAUGGAGCGGUAUAUAGCCAUGAAGUUCUCACUUAGAUAUGCUAGCCUCAUGACCACACCUAGGUUAACUGGCGCUGUACUCUGUAGUUGGAUCAUCUCAGUUAUUUCUGUAAUUUUAAGGUUAAUACCGGGGACAUAUUCAUUUGCAGUAGUGUUCGUUUAUGUAACUGUUAUCCCAGCCAUUUCAAUUAUUGUAUUCUGUCACACGACAGUUUAUCUUGUUUCACGCCGACACAUGCGUCGCAUAAAAACAGAACAGCUUCCAAGCGAAACGAAGACUAAAUUCGUAGAGGAGAAGAAAGCCUUAAAAACUACAAGUAUAAUUAUCGCGUUCGUGUUCCUUUCGUUUGUACCAUCACUUUUGUACGGGAUAUUUUCCCGCGAUAUACGGCAGACGAAUCUGAGGGCUCUCGUUUUGUCGUGUAUUUUCCUAAACUCGCUCCUUAAUCCUGUUAUUCACUGUUGGAGAAACAAAGGCCUACGCAAAGGUAUGAUGGAACUGCUUAAAAUGAGACAAAAUGAAAACUAA